AUAUAGAUUAGCCAUGGUGUAAAUUACAGAAGUGAGAAGUGGUAAACAAAAAACACAGAAACGUUUCGAACUCUGACUCACCACAACCAACCAUUAAUUAAGAAACAAAGGAAUAUUCGUUUUCUUUUUCCUAACCUCUUCUCAUCUCUUCCUAGAAAGAACAACAGCCUCUGGAAUCGGAAUGACCCUCUUUAAUACUCUUGGCGCCCUCAUUUCCCUGAUGGUCGAAACUCAAUAUCUGUCUCCCCGCCGGCAGAGACGACACGGGGGCCACGGCGGAUCCUCCUCCCCUGCCGCCGGCGUCCAGAGUCCUGUGAGAAGUAUUCCUGAGGUGGAUCUUGGCGAUCAUCUCGAGGAAGGCAGAGUCGACGUUGAGGUUGUCCCUGGCGGAGGUCUCGACGAAGGAGAGGUCCUCCGCCUCCGCCAGGCUCCUGGCUUCCUCCUCGCUUACCUCUCGCAGCUGCCGGCCGACGUCGCAUUUGUUGCCGACGAGGACGAUGACCAUGUCGGCGCUGCUGAAGCCGCGGAGCUCGUCCAGCCACUUUUCCACGUUGUCGAAUGUCGCUCGCCGUGAGAUGUCGUAUACCACCAGCGCCCCCAGCGCUCCUCUGUAGUAUGAGCUUGUUAUUGCUCGGAACCUACAAAACAACCCAAGAAAAUUUUGUCACAAUUUUCUUCUUUGCUAGCACAAUUAGUAAAAUUGAGAUGCCUUUACAUUAAUAAAAAAAAAAAAAAAAAGAUCCGAUGCCCUUUUUAAAGUUAAAUCGAGAAAGCCUUCUACUUGAAUUCAAACCGGUAGGUAGGUGGUUUUUAACAGUACAAGAUGCUUCAUCACGGUUAGACCAAGAUUUCAAUAUAAAACAUUUUACUGCUGAAUUUUCCAGUACAACAAUAAGAACAUUUCGUUACAAGUUGUUAUUCUGUUAACUAAUAUGAGUCACAAAUGAGUUGACUGAAGUAUUAUUUCAGCAAUGAAAGAGUAAUUAUUUUUUUCGUGUAUUAUUGAUCACAAGGUUCGAAUCUUCAUCCUCGCAUUAAUACUAGGCCAAUUGAAAGAUUUAUGAAAAAGUGCUUAUAUGCCUGAUAAUCAACACUAUUUUACACCUAACUCACAUAGGAAGUUAUAGGGCAGUAUAAAUACUAUCAGUUGAACAAGUAUUUUGUUUACAUAAAGAAUUAGGUAAAUUAAUCCUCUCUUUGUUAUUUUUCCUUUAUGCUGAUAAUUAAGGGGGAAUAAUCCAAUGGCUCUUUUUGGUGAGGUGCAUGUUAAGAGAUAGAUUAUAUUAACUAGGUGCUGCUUAUAGUGGUGGGCCGGUUUAUGAGAAAAUCAAUCAUAAAUUAAGAUUAUAACACUGACAGCAAUUUCAUGAACAAAUAUUUGUGGAUUGCUGACAAACAUAUAAAAGAUGCAGGCAAAAACAAAACAAAACAAAAACAUAAUGGAUGGAUGCUUAGGAAAUCAGAAAGGCAAUAGGGAUGGGUGUGAAUGAAAUGGAAGGAUUGAAAGUUAAAUCAGACGUAAUCAUGUAACUUUGUUCCUCAGUGGGCCUAACAUUUGACAAACAAAUUAAGCAAGCCCAAGGAUAAUUGGGACCAAUCAUUUUUGUUACAAAUAAUUAUAAGCGUGAAAUGAGGAGAGAUUGCGGGGGGGGGGGGGGACAAAUAAGAAGUGUUGAAUUCAUGGAUUUGUGAAUUCAUCCAAAUGUAAAAUAUAUAUAUACUAAACCAUAGCUUUGAACAUCUAAUUCUACAUAUAUAAGGGUGUUAUAAUUCUAAUGUAUUCAUAGUAGGGUUCAGAUCUUGUCAAGUGUCUACAAACCCACUAUUUGGUGAAACCUCAUGUCCUUUGGGGAAGUGUUGAGUAGAGUAGAGUAUACCACAAGAAGAGGAUCUAUUAAUGUCGCUCGCUAUCCAACAUUACGAAGCCAUAAGAACGGUAGAUGGGAAGAGGCUGUAAAACUACAUACAUAGCAAGUCAGGGACCAGGAAGCAUAACAAAAUCUGAAUAUUAUU